GGGCGGCGCGCGCGGCCUGUGGGUCUCGGCGCGCGGCAGCGGCAGCGGCAGCAUGGAUGCCAUGGAGCAUGCACAGUUUAUGAAACAAGCUGGGAAUCAGGAUUUUAAAAACGGAAAUUACUCUUUGGCCAUCAGAAAGUACGAUCAAGCUUUACAUACGCUCAUUUGUUUGAGGCAAUGGAUCCCGUGUUCCAGAGACAUAGCUGUGUUACACUGCAACAAAUCAACUGCCUUAUACAGUCUUGGUAAAUGGAGAGAAGCAGCUUUUUCAGCCUAUGAGAGCUUACGGUGGGAUCCAGAGUAUGUUAAGGCUUAUUAUAGAGCUGGCCACUCACUGAUCAUGUUGUCAAACUCUUUUGAGGCAGUUUCUGCAUUUUAUAAGGGUUUGAGUCUUCUGAAUGCUUCUGCAGAUCCAUCUCAAGUUGCUGAUUUUGUAGCGGGAAUCUUCAUAAGUGUCAAUGAUGAAAGAAUCCUUCCACCGACUUACUUCCAGGCUCUUACUUAUAUUUUCAGUGCAAAGUUCGAUGCACUGAUUUGGCAAACGGUGAUAGAAAAGUUGGCCCAGAAAGGAAAGUGGCGGUCUUGUCUGCUUCUGUUCUCUGAGAAGAGAGAAUUGCCCACAAAUCUCAGAGUCAAGCAGUUAUCACUGAAGAAUCUCUUUGAGACUUACGAGUUUUGUGGGCUUGAUAACAGGAUGCAGCAAGUCACAGAAUUAGUCAAAUGGCUAAUUUCCAUUGGGGCAAAAGUUGAAACCAUUGGAACAUGUCCACUUCAUGCAGUUAUCAGACUGUGUAUCAAAGCAAAAAGGAACCAUCUUUUCAGCUGGUUACUAGCGCAGAAGCCACACUUGAAAGAUAAGAUUAACCAGCAAGACAGAGAUGGAUGCACUGUCCUACAUGUUGUGGCAUCUAGUGAAUAUUCCCGGAAAUGUAAUCAAACAGAAGAUGUUGUCAUGCUUCUGAAUUUUGGGGUUGAUCCCACCAUUCCAGAUGCACGGUCAAGAUAUGUCAUAGAUAUCUUGAAAAAGAAUAAAAACUUCAAUGCUGUCAAAGCAGUCAGCAUUCACAUUGAGAAACAUACUUCAUCUGAGGAAUUGUCAGGGGGAGGUGAAAGCAGAGCUGUAUCUGAUGCAGAGUCUCUCCUGGAUGCUCUUCAACAGUUCCUCCAGUUCUGCAGGCCUGAAAAUGGAGCACAUCAUAAAAAUUUAUUGAAGGAAGGCAUGGUUCAGGGAUUUCUGAAACGGCUCUCUACUGUGAAAGAAAUUCCUGAAGGGAUGGUUUGUGACAUCUCCCAUGCCUGUGCUAACAACUUUAUAAAACAGUUAUUAGAGAAGCAAAUGUGGCAUGAAGUUUUGCUGUUGCUAACAGGGAAAACCACUGGGGAAAAGGCGUCAGGUGGAGGACUCUUCAAAGACUGCAGUCUUUCAGAUGUUGACAUUGGCAGCGUUAUUCAUCAGUGUGACAGACUGGAUGAACCUGUGCAUCUCAUAAGAUGCUUGAUAGAAAGAGGAGCUUUGCCAGAUGGGAUUAGAACUGACUCUGAAAUACCAUUGCAAAUAUGCCUGAAAAAGAACCAUUUUGAACUGGUGCAUUUGCUGCUGAGCAAAGGUGCAGAUCCUCGAAAUGUCUCCAUGGCACAAGGAGAUACUCCCUUACAUGCUGCAGUUUCCAUCUGUUUAGAUAAAAGAGACAGCACUGGUUUAGACAUCCUGAACUAUCUGCUUGAUCUAUUUGCUUCAAGACCCUCAGACUUUCCAUAUCUUAAUCCAAACAUCCAAGAUGAGAAUGGAAAUACAGUGAUGCAUAUUAUUUUUCAGAGAGGAUUGUCAAAGCUGGCUAAGAGAAUAAUGGAUUCAUUAGCAAAAUUUGAUAUUAACUUUAAUAUAAAAAACAAAUUAGGAAGAGAUGUGAGGCAUAGAAUUAAAAAAAGUGACCCACUACUACUUGCCUGGAAUAAUGCUGUAUUGGAAAAGAAGAAGUAUUGGCAUGAUACAGCAGGGCAGUCGGUUAAAACACCUAAGCCUGUUCCAGCUUGUAACACUUCACAGCCAAAGAAUACAGGGUGUUCUUCAUCUGGGGCUUCAUUAAAGGCACCAUCUGGCAACUCAGCAUGUAAUGAUGUAAAAAUCCUGUGUUCUCUACAGACAAAAAAUGAUCAGCUGGCAGAGCAAGAAACAGAAAUAAUAAAUAGCCCGUUAACUCUGCAUGAAAGUCUAGUGCAGGCAAUCACAGCUUUAAUUCAGCAACUGAAGUUGGGUGACACCCUGAGAAAAGAUGAUUCUCUAGUAAAAAAGCCUUCUUCAGCCCAGACUAACUUGGAAGGGGAAAAAAGUGAGUCCACACAACCUUGUGGAAGUGUAGCUUGUGCUGAAGGAAAAGAGGAUGAUCUUGAGAAAAAGAAGGGAGCAGGAGAGGGGCAUGCUGAAUUUAAAAUGGAUCUGCCUCAUGGAGGGAAGGAAGAAACAGUGGAAGAGUAUGAGAAGAUUCAGGACAUUGAGACAUAUGUGCAGGAGUUUGAUAACAUGACGUGGGAAAUAGAGUGCACUCCGGAAACACUGAAGACUUUGCGCAGCAAAGCAGUACCUCAUUAUCUGAAAACCAAAACUAUAAUGACAAUUAAGCAUCUUGGCAAUGGGGAAUGGACCAGGGCCCUUCAAAAGCCACUCAAACAUUUGAAAUCCGAUAUCCAACUGUAUGAAGCGAAGUUGGGCAAAGGUGAAAGAAUGCUGUGGGAACUUGCAAUAGACUUUUCUCCUCGUUGCAGUGAGAGUGCAGAAAAGAUCAUGGAGACAGAACAGUCAAAAAGUCGUCCAGAAAAGUCUGGAAGAGUUUACACCGAAAUAAUCAGAAUUUGGGCCAUUGUUCUGGACCACUGCAAGCUGGACCGUGUCUUAGAUAAUAUAUGUAUUUCCUACAACCGUGGUUUGUCCUGUGUCCUGAGGAAAAAGCUCAAGGGCAUAAAUGAAGGACAUCAGACCUAUAAUGUGAAAACACAGAAGCGCGUUCCACGUUGUUAUAUUGAAGACACAGAGGCAGAAAAAACAAAAGAACAUACCAUACCUGAGUAUUUCCCACCAGCCAGUGCAGUGGAAAUGGAAUAUAAUAUAAUGAAGUUUCACAGCUUCAGUACUAACAUGGCAUAUAACAUUAUAAAUGAUAUACAUUCUGCUGUUGAAUACCCCUUCCGAGUUGGGGAGUUAGAAUAUGCAGUAAUUGACCUCAAUCCAAAGCCCAUUGAACCAAUCAUUUUAAUUGGGCGAAGUGGGACAGGGAAGACAACUUGCUGCUUGUACAGGCUGUGGAAGAAAUUCCAUUCAUACUGGGAAAAAUCCACCUUGGCAAAAGGUCCUCUACUGGAAAGGCAAACAUGGCAGCAAAGGCAGUGCAGUGAAGUUGAAAAAGCUAAAUUGGAGAAGGAAGAGAAUGAUGAAAAAGAAGAGAGUGAUGAUGCUAGUGAGGAGCAGGUCAGUGACGAGCAAGAACCAGACAGUGGCGAUGAAGAGGUUCCUGCAGGCACAACUGGUGGAGAAACAAAUCCUUCUGAGGACUGUGAAGAAGAGAAAGUGCAAAGCACAGAAGCAUCAGACAGACUGGAACACUUGCACCAGAUCUUUGUGACAAAAAAUCCUGUCUUGUGUCAAGAAGUUCAGAAAAAUUUCAUUGAACUUAGCAAAUCUUCUAGGGUAACCAGUCACUUCAAGCCUCUGGAGCCAAAUAUUCACAAACUACAAGAUGUUAAAGAUGAAAAUUUCCCACUGUUCAUCACCUCCAAGCAGUUGUUGCUGUUACUGGAUGCAUCCAUGCCUGACCCGUUUUUUCUGAGGAAUGAGGAUGGAACCCUUAAAAGAACUGUUGUUGGUUGGAGUCCCCAGGAAGACUUGGUUAUACCAAAUUGGCAAGAAGAGGAUGAAGAAGGUAAUGCUGAAGGAGAACAUGGUGAUGAUGAAGGAGCUGCAGGUGUAUACUCUAGGGAAAGAGAUCCUCGGACUUUCGUUACUUAUGAUGUGUUUGCUAAUGAAAUAUGGCCAAGAAUGAUAAAAGGUAAAAGCUUGUACAAUCCUGCACUCGUGUGGAAAGAAAUAAAAUCAUUUUUGAAAGGCUCUUUUGAGGCACUGAGCUGCCCUGGGGGUAAACUUACUGAGGAACAGUACAAAAAAUUAGGCCGGAAAAGAUCGCCAAACUUCACAGAAGACAGGAGUGAAAUCUAUCACCUCUUCUGUCUUUAUCAGCAGAUAAGAUCACAGAGAGGUUACUUCGAUGAAGAAGAUUUACUGUAUAAUUUAUCUCAAAGACUGUCAAAGUUCAAGGAGCUGCCGUGGUCCAUUCAUGAGUUUUAUGGUGAUGAGAUUCAGGAUUUCACUCAGGCUGAGCUAGCACUGUUAAUGAAAUGCGUCAAUGACCCUAAUGCCAUGUUUCUGACUGGUGACACCGCCCAGAGCAUAAUGAAAGGCGUUGCUUUUCGUUUUAGUGAUCUGAGGUCACUGUUUCAUUUUGCGAGCAAGAGCUCUGUGGACAAGAAGCAGCGUAUUAGAAAACCAAAAAGGAUAUAUCAGCUCUACCAGAAUUACAGAUCUCAUUCAGGUAUUCUCCGUCUUGCCUCUGGAGUGGUUGAUUUGCUGCAGUACUAUUUCCCAGAAUCUUUUGAUCGGCUUCCUAAGGACUGUGGUCUCUUCGAUGGACCAAAGCCUACAGUCUUGGAGUCCUGCAGUGUUAGUGACCUGGCAAUUCUACUGAGGGGCAACAAAAGGAAAACACAACCGAUAGAAUUUGGAGCACAUCAGGUGGUAUUAGUUGCAAAUGAGAUGGCCAAGGAGAAGAUACCUGAGGAACUCAGUUUAGCACUUGUGCUGACAGUUUAUGAAGCAAAAGGCUUGGAAUUUGAUGAUGUCCUCCUCUACAAUUUCUUCACAGAUUCUGAGGCUUACAAAGAAUGGAAGAUCAUUUCUUCUUUUGCACCCAGUUCGGAUGUGAAAGUAGAAAGCAAACUGCUAAUUGAAACACCUUUAGAGGAUGUUACUGCUACACCAAAGAGGCCUCCUCCUUUUAAUGUAGAAAUGUACAAGAUGCUGAAUGGAGAACUAAAGCAACUGUAUACUGCCAUUACCAGAGCCAGGGUUAAUCUUUGGAUCUUCGAUGAAAACAGAGAUAAGCGGGCUCCAGCUUUUAAAUAUUUCAUCAAAAGAGAAUUUGUUCAGGUUGUCAAAACAGAUGAAAAUAAAGACUUGGAUGACAGCAUAUUUGUUAAAACCUCAACUCCAGAAGAAUGGAUUGCACGGGGAGACUACUUUGCUAAACAUCAGUGCUGGGAGGUAGCAGCCAAAUGUUACCAAAAGGGAAGAGCAGCAGAGAAGGAGAAGCUGGCCCUGGCACAUGAUGCUGUUCUUAAAGUGCGCUCCAAGAAAUGCAGCCCCAAGGAAAAACAGAUGGAAUAUAUGGCAUUGGCAAAAACUUACUUGGAAUGUGGAGAACCAAACCUAUCGCUAAAAUGUCUGUUUCAGUCAAAGGAGUUCCGGCUUUGUGCAGAACUGUGUAAAAAAUUAGGAAAGAUGAAAGAUGCUGCAGUUUACUAUCAGAAAAGCCAGUGCUACAAAGAAGCAUCCAGAUGUUAUGAACAAAUUGAGGAAUUUGAUCUAGCAAUUAAGAUGUAUUGUCAGGAGGAGCUCUAUGAGGAAGCAGCUAAGGCUGUUGAAAGAUAUGAAGAGAUAUUAAGUACAAAAGGACAAAUGGUUUCCAAACUCUCGUGCACAGCAAAUCAGUUUUAUUUGGAAGCAGCUGCAAGGUACUUGAAUGCAAACAGAACUGAGGAAAUGAUGCGAGUCCUCUCAAAACUUGACAUAGAGGACCAGCUUGAGUUUUUGAAGUCUCGUAGAUGCUUGCACCAAGCAGCAGUCCUAUUGAAAAAUGAAGGUCGAGAGGAGGAGGCUGCAAAAUUAAUGAAGCAACACGGGUUUGCUCUGGAAGCAGCGAACCUCACAUCUAUAAAGGAGUUUCGUGCAUCAUGUUUGCUUGCUGCGGCUCGUGCUGGUGCAACUCCAUCUUCAGAAUCAGAACUUGCAGAUAGAGAGGUCAUCCUAAGAGAAGCCCUUGAACUUUAUGAACAAACCAGACAAAAAUGUGGCAUUGCAGAAGCUCUGUUUUUGCAAGGAGCUCUGAAGGGAGACUUUGCAAAGCUGAAAAGUGCUUACUGUCAGUUCCUGUCUCUAAAUCACUCUGCUGGGGCAGUGGAAGCCCUCUUUGUAUUAUCUCGUUGCAACGCUCCAAGCCAGGACAUCCUGUUUUUGGCAACGUGUGGCUUAAUGGCUCUUCUAAGACUGGUUAGGGGGUUGAAGAAAGCAGCCACCAAUGCAGAGAAAGAUAUGGUGAAGUCAUGCUUCGCCUAUUUUGGGAUUGUGCCAACAGGUGACAGUUGUUGCCAGGUGUCUCAAAAUGAAGCCAAACCUAUUCUCAAGUUUCUGUCAGACAACCCACGUCUAAGAGAGAGGAAGACAAAAGAUGACUUCUCAGUAAGAACAGAGGAGAUUAAAUCUGCUUUGAAGCAGCACUUGUUAAGCAGGUUGUAUUCUAUCACCCAUGAGUUACUGAGCAAGCAUUACCCUGAUAUUUGUUUGAAGUUCAUUGCCGGGUUGAACUGUGAAGAUAAAACCUGUAAGGAUUUCCACAGACCUUUGUUGCGCCAUGAAGCAAAGAUCAUAUUGCAGUGUAAAAUGCAUCUGGCAGCAAUAAACGGACUGGUGUUGGAAGCCACAAGGAUUUUCCCUAAAGAGAUACUGAAUCAGUACAAAGUCUUUGAUGACAUUUUGACUGCUGACAAAUAUGCAUCAUGUAAAGCCCUUCUAGAAAUGUUUUUUCCUAAACAUUUCCAUUUGAGAAUACUGUCUGAAAACCCAAAGGCAUGCAAAGAAAUACUGGAAUUUAGUAACAUUCUUUCCAAACCCUGUAGAGCAGUGUUAAAGGAGUACAUCACAUUUAAGUUUAAAAAUGAAAAUGCUAGAGCCAGAAGAGAAUCAACUGACUUAUGGCUAAGUGCCAUGGAAGUUUUCAUCUUAUCUUCAGGAUAUCCUGAGGAAUUUGAGAAACUUCUUUUUAAGGAAGAGGAAGAUUACAACAAAGACCUAAACCUUGCAUUUUCAAAGGUGAAAAACUCCCCAAAGAGUGAAUGCCAAAGAAGAAAGAUCAAAGGAAUAGAUGGCAGACAUGGUAUGUUGCUACCUGACAAAAAUGCUGAAAAUGCAGGAAGAAUGCACUUGUGCUUCAUUCGACUUCUUGAAAAUUCACUUGAGCAAUUUUAUGUUUAUAAGAACCCAGAAGACUGUAAAUGGUUGUUUUUCCGUUUUAUGAAUGUCCUGGUCAGGAAAUGUACUAGAUACCUGAUUCCAAACAUACACAACACAGUGAUGCUGUUGGAAUUCCAGUAUAUUCUCUCUUGUGCUGUCCUGAUGCAUCUCUUCAAGAACAUUACUCUGUGCCUUCCAAAGAGCUACAUUGCUCUCAUUCAUUAUUGGGACUUUUUGUUCAGAAACAGAGAUCGUAAUAAAGAACUUGGGGACACAUUUUCCAUUAUACAGGAGUACAGACCAAAGGACAUAUAUGCAGCUGCACAGAAUUUCAGAUUUCAUCUCUGUUAUCUUGCAGAAGUUUUGUGUGGAGUUUAUGGGAACUUCAAUGUUAUUCUGGAUGCUUUUGAGGAUCUCGACUGCAUAACUUCAGGGGAGGCUGAGCGGACUGUAGUGUUGUGCUUAGUGAUGUUACUGAAUGCUGAUCAGGUGCAUAUUUCAAAAUGUAAAUCUCUCUUAUGCCAGCACUUCCCUGAAAUAAAGGCGAUACUGAGAUCAAUGAGAAAAAAUUCUCCCUCUAAAGUGCCUGAAAGGUUGCUAAAGAUUGUGGAACAAGUGAGUGAUGCUACACACGUAAGAGACAUCGCUGAAGGCCUGCAAGAGCUGCUGACAGAGCGAGAUGCAGAGUACUUAGUUGACUGUCGAUGGAAGUGGGACUCUGGGUAUACUCAGGGACAUCCACCCAUACGGGGCAUCCUCUAUGAAACCAUAAACCUUGACAGGUUUGUGACUCCUUUGGAUAACACAGAAUAUGCUGGUGAGAUAGAAGAGGAACUUGAAAGGGAUCGAUGUCUAGCAGACAGAAAGGAUCCCUUGGAAGUCAUUGCACUCAGCAAGCAACAGAAGCAAGAGCAGAAAGCAUCUGCACAACGGCAGGUGCGUCAUGUCUUCCAAUUUGUCUAUCUGUGCAUGAAGUGGAAAAGGAAGACAUGCUCCAAAAUGGAGCCAGUUGCAAUGGAAGGAGAGGAAUUUUUAUCAGAGAUCUUCAAAAAAGCAGAUAUUGACCAAACCCAGUGUGACCUCUGUGGAGUCAGGUUUAUUCAGAGUCCUGAGAACUAUUUCAGCCGGACAGAAAACAUGGAGGUAGAUGCUUCUGAAGCUGUGACACCAACAGAGAUAAGUGUGGAAGGAAAGUUGCAUGUGGAAGACAAUGCAAUUUCUGUGGCCAGUGAGGCUUACAAAGAGCACAGGAACACAGAUGAACACAGAAAUAAUACUGCUGCCUACAAAUACUACGCUGACUUUUUCAGAAGAAAGGUAGACACGAUAAUAUAUGAUGGACUGGAAGUAGUGAAGGCUAUUAAAGAAAAGACUUACACCCAAGAUCAUCUGGCGUAUAAGGAAGGUUCCAAGUUGCACCAAAGAAAAAUCAAAGAGAAUAUUAAGAAGAUUUCAAAUGCAGUAGAGGAAAUCUAUGAGAAAAAAGGCUGGGCUGAAGCUGAAGAAGUAAUGACCCAACAUGCCAACAAAUUGUCUGCCACCGUUGAUGAGGCUCAUAAGUGGUUGAAGAAAAUGGACUCAUAUAGGGUAAAGGAAGAAGGCUUUGCCCACGAUAGAGACUUGGAAAAUGAAGUAGAAGAUGAAAGCAUGGCUUUUGAAGAACUUAUGUAUAAAAAAUCCUUGAGAAGAAAAGGAAGAUAUAGGAAAUGGUAACUAGAAAUAAAAUGUGGUGGUUAUUCUAUCCUCUAACAAUAUAAUUUUACAAUAGAGUAUUAAAAAUAUUUAAAAAAAAUAAAAGAAUGGGAUCAGAAAUGGGAAGAGUCUGAAGAAAAAUAGCAACUUAAGAAAUUGUUUUUUAUUACUUGUAUUCAGUCAGAAUAAUUACCUGUCACAAUUGUUAAAACCUAUGACAGGAUAAAUUUCCUUUCAAACAAGUGUGGUAACUUGAAAGUAAUAAAAAGCCAAAGAGUAGAUUUUUACUUAAUCAAGUAGGAAAAAGUAAUCAUGUUUCUGCCUUAUCUCAGGGGUAUUUUUCUUUUUAGUGUUCUUUUUUUUCGCCCUGUUAAUUUACGUCGUCAUUCUGAGCUGGAAUACUCAGAAAAAGAAGAUAAAUUUCUCCAAUUUUAAGAGGUUUUAAUUGAUGGUUUUAUAUAAUCAUUGUAAACCUACUGUCUUCUGAAUCUGAGUUAUGUCUGGAAGGUUUUGAGUCUUAAGGUAGGAUACAUAGAGUAUUUCUCUUAUUUUAAUUUUAUAGACAAGAAUGGUCAUUUCUGAAUACAUUCAUGUUUUUCAACAGUGUACAUACUUCAAAUUGGAUAAGUAUGAAA